UUGGAAUUUAGACUGAUUAUUCUGUUAACAACGAAGAAAAAUCAUGGAAUUUUUCAAGAAAGUGCAGUCUCUGGAAUCUCUAAAAAAAUAAUAGAGCCUGUCAGGGAGUCUGAAACGUCGCAAACGGAGAUCUGUGGUUUUACACUUUGGUCAUGUUCUCUGUGAUCCCGUUCCGUGAUAUCAUUGGUCUGUCCCCAACCCAACCCCAUGCAUGCCUCAUGUCCACAACAAGAAAACAGUUGAAUGAAUGUCGAAUAUUUUCUUUAAUUAGUUAGUGCGCAAAUAACGGUGAUUAUUUAUUUAAUACAAAUAAUGUGCAAGGCAGUAAUGUGAUUUUAUGACAAGUUAAAUCACUUUUACUCACGGUACGCACCAUUCGUUCAUCCCUUAGUGCCAAGUGUCAAGUCAAGGAAAAUAAUUUUCUCGUGUGAACUAAUAUGACAUUCAGCAUUUUCAUACUGUUAUGCAACAAUUUUGUCAAAAUCUAGUCUUAUAAUGUCGCGUAUUUACAGGAAGUACAUCAAGCUUCUAGAGAAAUGGCCUACGGACUCUACUAAAUCAGGAAGAGAUCUUGGUACGCAUUUACGUGAGGAAGUCAAAAAAGUGUUCGGUUCAGGCGUCAGUUUUACAGGUAAUGAGCAGCAGUGUGAAGAAAAUUACGCUAGUUUGAAGAGGAUCGUUGAUAAUCAUUAUUUUGAGAAGUACCCUCGCACCUACAAAUCUAGUGCUUCAGGUCUGAGCGCUGAAGACUGCAAGGCAGCCAUAAGUGACGACUUCUUGGAAUACCUUGAACACGAGGCAAAACCAACCUGGAAGCUCUGGCUAGAAAAUUUAAGAAAUAAAAACGUCUCGAGUCCUGCAAGUCAACCUCCCAUAAAUCCUUAGUUUUUGUCCACCCAUAUUGACUUUUGUAAAACAUAUUAAUUAUUGUUUUUAUCAUGUUCCUGGGUUUGACUGUACUUUCAAAAGGCUCAGGAGUCUUUUCUCCUAUUCGUAGGCUGAGCUGCUCUGUGAACCAGCCUCAUGUUCCUGUCAUGGCAGAUGAAGUUGUCAGCUAUUUAAGCCCUGUAAGAGGCCAAACCCUUCUAGACAUGACGUUUGGUGCUGGUGGUCAUACCAAACGUUUGUUAGAUGCCGUACCUGAUCAUGAUGUAACUAUUUUUUGUUUGGAUCGGGACCCUGUUGCACACUCUCUAGCUCAAGAAAUGGCUAAAAAAUAUUCUGGCAAACUUAUACCUCUUUUUGGGAAAUUUAGUGAAGUACCCGAACUCUUGAUGGCUCAUGGUAUACAUUUUAAUAGUUUUGAUGGUAUUCUCUUCGAUUUUGGAUGCUCCUCGAUGCAAUUUGAUGUUGCUGGAAGAGGGUUUGCUGUCUCCAAAAAUAGUUUCCUUGACAUGAGAAUGAAUCAAAAUUCAGACACUCCUACUGCAGCUGACAUCCUUGCCAAUGCAGAAGAGAACGAGUUGUACAAAAUAUUCAAAGUUUAUGGUGAGGAAAAAAAAUCCAAACAAAUCGCAAGAGCAAUCAUAGAAGCUAGGUAUUGCCUCAAAAAAAUUCAAACUACGCAAGAUUUAGGUAACUUAGUAUGUUCCGCAACAGGUAGUGAUUAUUAUGAAGACAAGCUUCAGAGACAAGUUCACCGAGCGACUAAAGUGUUCCAGGCAUUGAGAAUAUUUGUCAAUGAUGAGUUGAAUGAAAUAGACUUUGGUAUGGUCAUUGCUGAUAAAUACCUGAAAGUUGGAGGAACUCUAGUCACUUUGUCGUUCCACUCACUUGAAGACACCAUUGUCAAACGGCAUAUCAGAGGCAAUAUUUUAGAAUCAUCAGCAAAUCCAUUGCCCCUGAAAUAUGUUAGCAGCUCUCUUUGCCUUAAAGCAGAGGAUAUCUCUGAUAUUUUCCGCUCAAAUUGGAAAAUGCUAAGCAAGCAUGUUAUACUUCCAAGCCCUACUGAAAUAGAACAAAAUCCUAGGAGUCGCUCAGCAAAAUUGCGAGCUGCUGUCAAAAUUCAAUAAUGUAUUGUAGAAAAGAAUUGUUCAUUGUUUUUGUUUACCUACUUGUGUGCUUAUAAAAACACAUUCUCCUAUAA